AUGGUAAAACGGACCAGAAAUGAAAGUGAGAAGCCUCCACCGCUCCCGGAAACUCCUCCACCUCCGCCAGUCGGAGAACUUCCAGUUCAAUACAAAAGAAUGUCAGCAUCACGAAGUCACGAGCCACCUCCACCAUCAAAUCGAUUAUUUUGGGUGAUACCGAUUUUGAUUUGUGCCAGCUUAAUAUGGGGUGCAUGGUCACAAUUUCAUGAUCCGCCAGAAGUAAUUCAGCAGCCAAUCAGAAUUGAAGAUCCAAACAGAAAAAGGGUUUGGUGGAUGCCAGACUUAUUGAAGACACUUCCGCCGUUUGCAGAAGGAUAUCGGAUAGAAAAUUUUGUUCCAAAAUACAAAAUUUCGGGGUGCACUAUAAACGGAAAUUUCCCGGAAAUGAGCACUGCCAUCUUUUGUUACAUUCACAAUUCGACACUAUUCACAGCGGCCAAUAAGACCAUUUCUCAGGAUUUAGUCGAGAAUGGACUCUGUUCCCAGGAUAAAAUGUUCUAUCUGCCAGACUGGAAGCAGUGGAAGAAAUACAUAACAAAUAAAAUUCGAAGAGUUGCAUUUGUCCAACAUCCUCUGGAACGAUUCGCACGAUCUUUUAUGAGGCAUUGUCAACGGAACUGCCAUUACAAUCGAGAAUUUCCGAGAGUGGAAUCGCUGAAAAUUGGAGCGAAUCAGACGGAAAUGAUAAAGUUUACAGACAAAUUGAAUAAGAUUCUAGGUCAACAGGGGGUACCUCAAGAUGCUCUGAAAGUAAUAAAGGAAGAAGUUUUAAAAAUUCCAAUGGAGUUGACUGAAGAAGAAAUCAAACUAAUGGAGAAAGUGAGAAAAGACGAGGAUCUCUUCCGGAUAUUCCGAUACUUGUAUGAACAUGAUUACAUUCUUUUUGGAUAUGAUUUCUAG